AUGGCUUUUCUUGUUCGAUGUUAUGCCAACUGUCUGCAACCGUGGGCCUCCAAACUUCCAGCUGAUCUUACCAAGAUGCAUCUUACCGACAAUCCUCACCCUCAGGUGACUCAUGUCCCUUCAAGCCAGUCGGGAUGUAGCAUUGCCAGUGAUUCUGGGAGCAGCAGCCUAUCUGAUAUUUAUCAGGCUACAGAAAGUGAGAUGGGAGACGUUGAUUUAACAGGUCUUCCAGAAGCACCUGUAGACUCUGAAGAUGAAGAAGAAGAAGAGGAUGAAGAUAUUGACAGAACUUCAGAUCCGCUUCUAGGGCGAGAUGUUGUACGAGAGUGCCUUGAGAAAGAGCCUGCAGAUAAAACUGAUGAUGAUAUUGAGCAAUUAUUGGAAUUUAUGCAUCAACUCCCCGCCUUUGCAAACAUGACUAUGUCUGUGAGAAGAGAACUUUGCUCAGUGAUGAUAUUUGAAGUAGUAGAGCAAGCAGGAGCCAUCAUACUUGAAGAUGGACAAGAACUCGAUUCUUGGUAUGUUAUUUUAAAUGGCACAGUGGAAAUCAGCUAUCCUGAUGGGAAGAGUGAGAGUCUCUGUAUGGGAAAUAGUUUUGGGAUUACCCCCUCUCUGGACAAACAGUACAUGAACGGAGUGGUCAGAACCAAAGUAGACGAUUGUCAGUUUGUGUGUAUAGCCCAGCAAGACUACUGGAGGAUUCUGAACCACGUGGAAAAAAACACUCAUAAAGUGGAGGAAGAAGGAGAAAUUGUUAUGGUAAAGGAGCACAGGGAGCUGGAUCGCAGUGGAACCAGAAAAGGACACAUAGUUAUCAAGGCAACACCUGAGCGACUCAUCAUGCAUUUAAUAGAAGAACAUUCUAUUGUGGAUCCAACCUACAUUGAAGAUUUCCUUUUAACAUACAGAACAUUUCUAACAAGCCCUCUGGAAGUUGGAAAUAAACUCUUGGAAUGGUUCACAGUGGACAGCCUCAGGGAUAAGGUUACCAGAGUGGUCUUACUGUGGGUGAACAAUCAUUUUAAUGACUUUGAAGGAGAUCCUGCUAUGACUCGAUUUCUGGAAGAAUUUGAAAAGAACUUGGAAGAUACGAAAAUGAAAGGACAUCUCAGAUUGCUGAAUAUUGCCUGUGCUGCCAAAGCAAAAUGGAGACAAAUUACCCUGCAAAAACCUUCUAGAGAUUCGCCACUGUUUUUCAGCCUCCUUGGAGGAAGUGACAAGGGUUUUGGUAUUUUUGUAGAGACUGUGGAAAUGGGCAGUAAAGCAGCAGAAGCUGGACUCAAGCGUGGUGAUCAGAUAAUGGAAGUAAAUGGACAGAAUUUUGAGAAUAUUACCUUUGUAAAAGCUCUGGAAAUCUUAAGGAACAACACUCAUCUCUCCAUUACUGUAAAAACAAACAUUUUUGUGUUUAAGGAGCUGCUCUGCAGGAUAGGACAAGAGAAGAAUGGAAUUCCACAUAUCCCAAAAAUUGCAGAAAAGAAAAACAACCGUUAUUCCAUCCCAGAUAUGCCUGGAGAUGUGGAACAGAUGUUUCCCCGUGAAAAAGGAAACAAGAAAAUGAAAGCAAACACUGUAUCUGGUGGGAGAAACAGAAUCAGGAAAAUUCUAGACAAGACCCGAUUCAGCAUCUUGCCUCCAAAACUGUUCAGUGAUGGUAGUGUGAGCCAGUCACAGGACGACAGCAUUGUUGGGACUCGGCAGUGCAGACACAGCCUGGCCAUCAUGCCUAUUCCGGGAACGCUCUCAUCCAGUAGCCCUGACCUGUUGCAGCCUACGACAAGCAUUCUGGAUUUCUCUAAUCCUUCAGCUGUUGGGUUUUACUAUAUUCCGGAUCAAGUAAUAAGAGUUUUCAAAGCAGAUCAGCAGAGCUGUUACAUUAUCAUCAGCAAGGACACUACAGCAAAAGAAGUUGUGAGUCACGCCGUCCACGAAUUCAACUUGACGGGAGCCCCAGAGACCUACUCCCUCUGCGAAGUGUCUGUCAGCCCCGAGGGAGUCAUCAAACAACGGAGACUCCCAGAUCAGUUCUCAAAAUUGGCCGACAGAAUUCAACUCAAUGGACGGUAUUAUCUGAAAAACAAUAUGGAGACAGAGACCUUAUGCUCAGAUGAGGAUGCUCAAGAGCUACUGAGAGAAAGCCAAAUUUCCCUCUUACAGCUGAGCACCAUUGAGGUUGCCACUCAGCUUUCCAUGAGAGACUUUGAAUUAUUUCGCAAUAUUGAGCCUACAGAAUACAUUGAUGACCUUUAUAAGCUAGACUCCAAAACAGGAAAUGCUCACCUGAAACAGUUUGAAGAUGUCAUAAAUCAAGAGACGUUCUGGGUUGCCAUGGAAAUUUUAGCAGAGCCCAACCAACUCAAAAGAAUGAAGAUUAUUAAGCAUUUCAUUAAAAUUGCCCUCCACUGUCGAGAAUGCAAGAACUUCAAUUCCAUGUUCGCGGUUAUAAGUGGGUUAAAUCUAGCACCAGUAGCACGUCUCAGAGGCACUUGGGAGAAGUUACCGAGCAAGUAUGAAAAGCACCUCAGAGACCUUCAAGAUCUUUUUGAUCCAUCUCGAAACAUGGCAAAAUACCGCAACAUCCUUAGCAGCCAGAGCAUGCAGCCUCCAAUUAUUCCACUUUUUCCUGUUGUCAAGAAGGAUAUCACGUUUCUGCAUGAAGGAAAUGAUUCUAAAGUGGAUGGCCUGGUAAAUUUUGAGAAACUCAGAAUGAUUGCCAAAGAAAUUCGCCAAGUUGUCAGAAUGACCUCAGCAAACAUGGAUCCGGCUGUAAUGUUCAGACAAAG